AUGCCACUUCUGAACUAUAACUGGCGUGGCGCAAGAGAACUCAUUAAAAUGCUAAGGGAAGUGGAAAAGGUCAAGGAGGAUUACACAUCCUUGCAGAAGGCGACAUAUAUCAGGGCCAAGAUCUGGAUAGAACCUGCAAAUCCACUUACACCAGCCUUCCAUGCAGUUUCAUCUAGAGGUACUUCUAAUAUGAUUGAAUGCCGUUAUGAACAUUUACAUAAAUUCUGCCGCAAGUGUGGUAGACUGGGGCAUCCCAACCAUAAAUGCAUGAUAGUUUCGGAUGUGGCCCUGGAAGCUUUCCUCAAUGAUCAUUUUAUAGCACAAGAAGAGAGGAAUAAUGCACCAAUACGGACACAGAAAUCAAAGGUGUACCAGAUGAUAGCAGCAUUCCUGAACAGGACUAGAGAUUAUUAUGCUCUCAUUGAGGAGGAAAGAAUUAAUGAUGGUUUUCAAAUAACUAUGGACGAGGUCCAGGGUUUUCAACCUAUGAAUAUUGAUCCACCACCAGGAGAUGAUGAUGACGGAGAAGAGGGAGGUAAUGAUCCAGACAACAAUGAGGGCAAUGAGGAGGGUAAUGGACAUCAUGGUGGUCCUAGUAAUGGAGAUCAGGAGGACAUGGAUUUGGGCGAAGGGGACGGAGUUGACCGGUAUGAUAGUCCACCACACGUAGGGAUGCAACCGCCUUAUGAGAACGGCUUUCAUGAUGAUACAAUCGAUUCCUACCCACUUAGCUCCAUCGAAAGAGGUCAGCUGGAGUUUGGAGUAAAUCAUAAGGAGAAGGAUCAUAAUCUAGAAUUGCAACCAUCUCAGUACUUCAGUAGGCUGUAUAUGCAAGGGAAGGACAUCAACCAAGCUGAGGAAGACAUCAUCCUAACUUGGCCUAGGGACAGCGAGGAGCCAGUUAGCCCAACUCUCUCAGAAACCAGGGCAAGCAUAACCAAAUCAGCUAGAAGGAGCAACGUGAAGAACCAAGCUUUGAUACCUAACACUAAUGACUUCAAGAGAGAUGGCAAAAGCUCCCAGUGGAAGAGGAAGAGGCAACUGGAAACUCGCCAAUUCUUAGAGCAUCAAAACUCCUUAAUUUUGCAGGAUAAUGAGCCAAGCUACUCGAAGAUGCAGUACCCACAGGAACUUCACAUGACACUUGAAAGACUGAGGAGAUGGAGAAAGAUGAGGGAUGAAGAGGAGAGGAGAACAGUUCAAAGAGGAAUUAGCUCUGGCAACUCUACUGCCACAUAA